AUGCUCGCAGCUCUCGCUUGCCUUGCGGCACUGCUGCCACUCGGCGCUCUGGCGCAGUUCGUGACGCCGCCGUCGGGUCUGAUACAGGCGCUCGGUGCCGCUGGCAUCAACGUGCGCUACAAGGUCGUGCCGACGGGCAUCUGCGAGAGCCACCCGAACGUGACGAGCUACGCUGUCUAUGCCGACAUCGAUGACAACCAACACAUCUACAUGCUGUUCUACGAGAGCCGCGAGGCGGAUCCAGCGACUGCACCUCUGACGGUCUUCUUCUCCGGCGGGCCCGGCUCGAGCUCGAUGCGCGCGGCCUUCGAGGAGCUCGGUCCGUGCAGCGUCGAUCCCGAUGGCAAGCCGUACGACAACCCAUACGCCUGGAACCGCAAGACGAACCUGCUCUUCAUGGACCAGCCGCUGACGGUGGGCAACAGCUACACGCGCGCCGUGCCCGGCUACACCAACUCGGACACGGGCUUGACCAUCCGACUGCCGAGCAACGACUGCCCCGACUACGCGGCGCAGUUCGAGACGUGCGGCACGUACUCGGCCGACGAGUUCAGCCUCAUCCCUCGCAGCUCGGACGAGGCGGCACCGAACGUCUACCUGGCGCUGCAGGGCUUCGUGGGCGCCUUCCCGAAGUACAACAACGGCGGCCUCGUCAUCGCCGCCGAGUCCUAUGGUGGACGCUACGCGCCCGCCUUUGCCGACUACAUCGUGAGGCAGAACGAGCAGAAGCAGGCGGGUCACGUUCCUCUGGACCUCAAGACCGUCAUCAUCGGCAACGCCUGGAUUGACCCCGUGGAGCACUACAAGUCCUACUUCAAGUACCUCACCGGCGGCAACGGCUACGGCCUGGUAUACCCCAAUAGCUCCGUCGAGGCGGAGGUGAAGAACAAUCUCUACGGCGAAGGCAACUGCCUGGACAAGCUCAAGGCAUGUCAGGCCAGCCAGUCGGGCGAGGAAUCGAGCCUGCUCUGCCAGACGGCCGACGACUUCUGCGGCACCCUCGUCGAGGCGCGCUUCAAGAUCUACACGGGGCGUGACGAGUACGAUGUGCGCUACCUGCGUCCGAACCCGUUUCCUUACUACUACUACGCCGACUGGCUCCAACGGCCCGAGAUCCAAGAUGCCCUUGCGCACUUCACCAACUACACGGCCUACAGCACGGCGGUCAGCUAUGCGUUCUACUCCAUCGGCGACGACCCGCGCACGGGCGACACGAUCCCACAGCUGAAGCGCCUGCUCGCGGCGGGCGUCGGCGUGGCGCUCUACUCGGGCUCGGCCGACUACAACGUCAACUGGCUCGGCACGCUCGCGAUCGCCGAGGGCAUGGGUGUCGCCGGCUUCGACCAGGCCGGCUUCCAGACGUUCGAGUCGGCAGCCGCCGGCAACAAUACGGCAGUGGUGAAGCAGGCCGGCCAGUUCUCCUUCACGCGCGUCUUUGAUGCCGGCCACGAGGUGCCGUUCUACCAGCCCAUCACUUCGCUCGAGCUGUUCGAGCGCGUCAUCUUCCGCAAGGACAUUGCGACUGGCAAGCUGGACGCCGACGCAGCGUACCUCAGCGUCGGACCGCACGACUCGACCCAGCAGGAGGAUGUCGGCGGCGUGCAGUACGAUGUGACGCCCGACACGGCCACCUACAACACCACCACGCACCGGCCCAACGACGGCGGCGCCAAGGUCGAGCAGCGCGCACUCAGACACCUGCUGCGGCACCGCGACGUCGCCGAGCCUGUGCAGCGCAGCACCCGCUCGUCCAAGCGCAAGCAGCGCGAGCAGCGCCUGCAGCGUCCGUUCAGCAUGCACUAGACGGCACGCUGCUGCGUACCUGCGUCGUCUCUCUGUCCCUCAUCCUUGCGUCGCGUGGCUGCAUGAAAGCAGAGAGAAGGGUGCGCUGCCCGGCAUCACUGCGCAUCGCUCAAUCGGCAUGCCCCUUCUUCGUUCGCUAAUGCUGUGCGAUGUGUGGCUUGUGUGAGGGCGCGGUGCAGCACGCAACGGUCGCAUGCGGAGAGCAAGGGAAGCGCGGAGCGUGGCC